AAAUAUAUAUGAUAUUGAUAAAAUUUUGAGCCAAUAGAAAGCGGGCAACAAAGAGGAGUGGUUUUCUUGAAGCUGCAAAAAGAUGGCGGCGGCGGCGGGGCUUCUGUUUCUCUCCACCACUACCAUUCCCACUCUCUCUCUAUCCGCGCCGCUUACUCGUCUCCGCUUCCCUACCACCAAACCCAAAUCACUUACUCUGGCAUCAAUGGCGAUGAGUGAGGAUCCAAUUCGUGAAUGGAUUUUGUCCGAAGGGAAGGCAACUAAAAUAACUGCCACUCGUUCAGUUGGUGGCGGUUGCAUCAAUCGUGCUUAUCGAUAUGAGACAGAUGCUGGCUCUUUCUUUGUUAAGACAAAUAGGAGCAUUGGCCCAUCAAUGUUUGAGGGGGAGGUUCGGGGGCUCAGCGCCAUGUAUGAAACGAGAACUAUACGUGUGCCUCAACCAUAUAAGUAUGGAGCUCUACCUUCUGGUGGUUCAUACAUCAUCAUGGAAUUCAUCGAGUUUGGUGCAUCGAGGGGAAAUCAAGCUGCACUAGGAAGGAAACUUGGUGAGAUGCAUAAAGCAGGAAAGUCCACAAAAGGCUUUGGUUUCGACGUUGAGAAUACAAUUGGAAGCACUCCACAGAUAAACACGUGGACGUCAGACUGGAUCGAGUUCUAUGGAGUUCAUCGCCUCGGCUACCAAUUGAAGCUUGCACGACAGCAGUUUGGCGACUCCCUAAUCUACGAAAAAGGGCAAAGACUCAUCAAGAACAUGGCGCCUCUUUUCAAUGGCGCCGUGCUUGAGCCUUGUCUUCUGCACGGAGACUUAUGGAGUGGGAACGUCAGCUACGACAAAAAUGGCGAGCCUCUCAUACUCGACCCGGCUUGCUACUACGGGCACAACGAGGCGGAGUUUGGGAUGUCGUGGUGCGCUGGAUUUGUAGGGUCGUUCUACGACGCCUAUUUUGAGGUGAUGCCGAAGCAGGCGGGUUGGGAGGAGAGGAGGGAUCUCUACAUGCUGUAUCAUUACCUCAAUCACUAUAACAUGUUCGGCUCCGGCUACCGGUCGUCUGCCAUGGCCAUCAUCGAUGACUAUCUCAGGAUGUUGGGGGCUUAGCUUAAGCUUUGGCUGGUUUGUACAUUGUGCUUUCGAUGUUGUACCUUAAUGUAAAGGGAUAAUAAUACCUAAAUACACGAACUUUCACAU